GAGCUGCCUCCUCGACCGCAAGCUCUUCCUCGGCGACCACACCAACGCCACAACCGCAUGGUACGACUACCCCGAGCACGACGAGGUUUCCAUUCAGGUCACCUUGUUCGUCGCCCCCCCUCCUCGCAUCUCCUGUAUCCUCGCCUGGUGCUCCCAUACCUAUUUCACACAGCAGCCCAUGGUCGUCUCCACGCACGACGGCCUUGUCCUCCUCAGCAUCGCCUUCUCCAAGAAAAAUUCUAAAUCAGCAGAUUUCUUCAUGUACCAACCCGGUGUCGACAAGGGCGGCGAUAACGAUCGGUUGCUCGAGCUGAUCCCUCAGCCCAGCGACAUGCGCUUGGUCGACCAAGGCUGUGCGGUCGGCCUCCCUGCCCUCCCACGGCGGCAGCGGCGACUACCACAUCGCCGCACUAACCAUGUCCUUGCAGGCCGAAGGAGUGUUUGACCUCUACGUAUUCAGCUCCAAGACGAAAAGUUGGACCGUCAGGAGGCCCUCGUUAACUGAGGAUGCUGCCGUUGACUCUGAGGGCUACAUAUCGGCCAAGGCGACCCCCCUUGGCGGUGGUUCCGUUGCGUUCGUCGACUUUUCUAAGGGCAUCCUCAUCUGCGACGUUCUUGACGGCCGGGAAAGCCCGGAACUCCACUAUAUCCCUCUGCCAUCAGAAGAACUCUUCCAACCAUUGCCGGAUGCCUACCCGUACAUGCCUCAUGAUUUGACUUUUCACAUUUCCAGCGAGACUAUUCGCAUCAAGUUUGCUUACGUGGUGUGUCCCUUAUCUGUGGAUUGGAGCAUUGAGACGUUCAGUACUACCACAGUGACCAAGAGUCCUUGGGGCCAGGUCAAUCCUUGGGAAAAAGACUCCACGGUCGAUGCUAGCGAACUGUCAGUUCAUGGCAGCAUCGAGCUUUCAGGACUGCUGGACCAUGGUGACGGCAAGCAGACUCUUGGCUCUCUCUUUGUUGAGAAGCCCGCGUUGAGCUUACACCAAGACAACAUUGUCUGCUUAAUGGCUAAGCAAAAUAUCAUGGAUAGACAAUUGUGGAUGAUUGCUGUCGACAUUGAGAACAAGGAGCUGCAAGGAGUCAUCCAUCUUGGCGUCGGAAGACGCACGGCACUAAUCUACAGCACCAUCUCUGAUCACCUCAACAACGUUGCUGCGACUGCAUCUACUGGUGAGAAGGGAGACCUGAAAAGGCUAGGAGCGUCGCUGGAGUCAAAAACUCCCAAGAAACUGAUCAGGGUUGCAUCCUUGGUUGGUGAACAAGAGAAAGGGGUCACGGGAACUGAUGAUGGUGAUGAUAUGGACUUGGAACUCGAGUAACCAAAUAUGGGGACUAGCAUAUCUGCUUAAGUUUAACACUGAUGAAUGUCUCUACAUAGAUCGUCAUCCUGUUUGUCAAAGUAUCUAAUAAAGUACCCUCAAAGCAUGUGGCUCUGAUAUGCGAAUGGUGGACUUAGGAUAGUACAAAAUGGUUGAUAGAUUGGUGAUACUGAUUGUUUUGUGAUUAUUCUGUAAACCAAAUUGGUUGAUAGAUUUGUUACAUGUAUUUGCUGGCGCAGGUGAGAAGGGAGACCUGAAAAGGCUAGGAGCGUCGCUGGAGUCAGAAACUCCCAAGAAACUGUUCAGGGUUGCAUCCUUGGUUGGUGAACAAGAGAAGGGGGUCACGGGAACUGAUGAUGGUGAUGAUAUGGACUUGGAACUCGAGUAACCAAAUAUAGGGACUAGCAUAUCUGCUUAGGUUUAACACUGAUGAAUGUCUCUACAUCGAUCGUCAUCCUGUUUGUCAAAGUUUCAUCAUGU